AAGAAACUGAAGGAUUUAGAGAGAGAGAGAAAAAAGUAGGUAGAGAGAGAAAAGAGGGUCAGCCAAGAAGAAGAAGAGAAGUUGAUACAGAUUGGGUUACCAGCAGUUUUGAAAGAAAAAAAAAGAGCUUUGGUGCAUCAAGGUAAGAGCUUUUUUUUUUUGGGGAAAAAAAAUUCCUUGUUGGGGCUUGAGUCUUCAACAAAAGGGAAGAAAGUGGCUAUUUUUUUCUCUCUUCUAAAGUGUUUUUUUUUCUUUUUUAAUGUCAAAUUUUCAUUACAUGUAAAUGAUAAGGUUUAUAUGAUUGGGGUUAGACUCCAUGAGCCAUGGUGGAUCAGCGUAGCAUAGGAGUAGCUUUGUUAUAUCUCUUGUUGUUGAUGUUACUUGAGUCUACAUUGGAGCAACAAGUGCAACAGCGACUGAGUUCACGCAUUGAGUUCACGGCUUUAUUUGAACUCAGGUCCUCUUUGGGGCUUAGAAGCAGGGAUUGGCCUAGAAAAGUUGACCCUUGUACCAGUUGGAACGGUAUAAGAUGUGAAAAUGGUAGUGUCACUUCCAUUAACAUUUCUGGGUUUAGAAGAACGAGGGUUGGCAAACGAAACCCGCAGUUUGAUGUCAAUUCUCUGGCGAAUUUUACACGCUUGGUUUCGUUUAAUGCCUCUGAAUUCUUGCUUCCUGGUCCUAUCCCUGAUUGGUUUGGCCAAAGGCUGUUGACAUUGCAAGUGUUGGAUCUCAGGUCUUGUAAUGUUUCAGGUGUUAUACCUUUGAGUAUUGAUAAUUUGACUAAUUUAACUACUCUGUAUUUGUCGGAUAAUAGGCUCACCGGGCAAAUUCCUUCGACUUUGGGUCGAUUGUUAAGCCUUUUGGUUCUUGAUCUUUCGAAGAAUUCGCUUACUGGAUCUAUUCCAUCAUCACUUGUAUCGCUAAGGAAUUUAACAAGUCUUGACAUUUCCUUGAAUAACUUAACGGGGUCGAUUCCUCCCGGCGUUGGAUCCCUUUUGAAGCUACAAAUUCUGAAUCUUUCGAGCAAUAGAUUAACGUCUUCAAUACCUGCACAACUUGGUGACCUUGAUAGCCUGGUUGACCUUGAUCUCAGCAGCAAUGGUUUGUCAGGGUCAGUGCCACGAGAUCUUAGAGGGUUAAGAAAUUUGCAGACAAUGGACUUCGGGAACAAUGGCCUCCAAGGGUCUCUUCCGGUCGCGUUGUUCCCUUCUCCAAGUCAGUUGCGGAUUAUAGUUCUGAGAAAUAAUAGUUUCAGUGGCGACCUUCCUGAAGUAUUAUGGUCACUACCUGAGUUGAACUUGCUCGAUAUCUCUCACAAUAAUUUCACAGGGAUGCUGCCUAAUUCUACUUUGAAUGAUAAUGCCACUGCUGCAGUACUUAACAUUUCCCAGAACAAGUUUUAUGGAGGUCUCACCACUGUUCUUCGAAGGUUUAUCUCUACUGAUUUGUCUGGAAACUAUUUUGAAGGCAGGGUUCCAGACUAUGCGCAUGACAAUGCAUUUCUCAGUACUAACUGUCUCCAAGGUGUGUCAAGCCAGAGGACUUUAACAGAGUGUGUAUCAUUCUAUGCUGAGAGGGGCCUGAGUUUCGAUAAUUUCGGGCCUCCAAAUUCAACAGAACCCCCUGCACCUGAAAGUCGAAGGAGCAACAGAAGGAUAAUUAUACUGGCUGCAGUUUUAGGAGGAGCAGGGCUUGUUGUGCUACUAAUGUUGUUGCUAUUGGUGGUUCUAUGUUUCCGUAAAAGGAGCACAAGGAAUCAUAGAGGGAUCGACGUGGGAGCAAUUCCUGCUAGAGAAACAUCUCCUUCACCACUAGUAGAAAUUAAUUUUUCGAGCCUAGGUGAUUUAUUUACCUAUCAGCAACUUCUUGAAGCCACUGGUUAUCUUAAUGAUGCAAACCUCAUCAAGCAUGGUCAUUCUGGUGAUCUCUUCAAAGGUAUCUUAGAAGGCGGGCUUCCUGUUGUCAUCAAAAGGAUUGAUUUGCAGUCAAUUAAAAAGGAUGCGUACCUUUCAGAACUGGAGUUCUUUAGUAAAGUUUCACAUCCACGAGUUGUUCCCUUAUUGGGACAUUGUUUAGAGAGAGAACAUGAAAAAUUCUUGGUUUAUAAAUAUAUGCCAAAUGGGGACUUGUCAAGUUCCUUGUACAGGAAAAAGAGUUCAGAGGAUGAUAGUUUACAGUCAUUAGAUUGGAUAACAAGAUUGAAAAUUGCUAUAGGAGCUGCAGAAAGCCUAUCUUUUCUGCAUCAUGAAUGCACACCAUCCCUUGUCCACAGAGAUGUUCAAGCUAGCAGUAUACUUCUUGAUGAUAAAUUUGAAGUGAGAUUGGGGAGCUUGAGCGAGGUCUGCGCUCAUGAAGGUGAUGGUCAUCAAAAUAGAAUCACAAAAUUACUGCGGUUGCCACAGUCAUCUGAACAAGGUUCUUUAGGUUCAUCUACAGCAAUCUGCGCCUACGAUGUUUACUGCUUCGGGAAAGUUUUACUUGGGUUGGUAACAGGUAAGCUGGAGAUCAGUUCAUCUAGUGAUACCGAGAUAAAGGAAUGGUUAGAGCAAACACUACAAUGCAUAAGUAUAUAUGAUAAGGAACUUGUGACCAAAAUUUUGGACCCGUCUCUUCUUGUGGACGACGAUCUAUUGGAGGAAGUCUGGGCCAUGGCCAUUGUUGCGAGGUCUUGUCUCAAUCCAAAGCCUUCUAGACGGCCCCCAAUGAGAUAUAUCCUAAAAGCUUUGGAAAAUCCCUUAAGAGUGGUUAGGGAAGACAAUACAAGCUCAGCAAGGCUUAGAACAACCUCGUCAAGAGGAUCUUGGAAUGCUGCUCUUUUUGGUAGCUGGCGUCAAAGCUCUUUGGAUGUAGCCGGUAUUCCAGCAGCCUCCACUACUAGAGCUGAUGGGGGAAGUAGUUUCAAACAUUCAGGAACGACGGGUUCGCAGGGCAGUGCUCAGAAUGGUGGAGGCGACCAUUCAUCUUCACGUAGGCGGCAUUCAAAGGAGAUAUUCCCGGAACCACCUAAACCACAGCAAGAUAUAGAACGACAGGAUCGUGACUAGUAUAGAGGUUAAUUCGUUCUCCAAUUCUUUCUUAAUAAGACAGCAGGCUUCCCAUUCAAGUGCAUUCUGGUCGGCAGAUAUUUUGCACUGGACUGGGAGGCUUUGAGGAUGCACAAAACUUCUUUAGAUGUUCAUUAACUACUGAGUUUCGCGAAUUCGAGUGUCGUGGACAGUGGUUUUAGUUUGUGACUGGAUGGAUAUGGAUAAAAGGGUCGGGGCAAAGAAAAAGGGGGGUGCCAUUGACAAGUAGUAGGUCAUAUUUGUUUGACAGCUUGUUUCAGAAUAAGAACAAGCUACAAUUUUUAUUUGUUUUUGUGUUUGUUGUCCUUUUGCGCAAUGUAAAUUGUAAUUGUCCAGGAUUCUUUCAUUCAUAUCAGAUUUUCAGCUAUGCAGAAAAAAAAUGAAAAUCAGGGGAAAGAAGAAAUUAUACUGA